GUGGGUGUGGUCCAUGCGGAUCCCCACCCGGGCAACAUCAUCCUGACACAGGAGGACGACAUUUGCCUUCUCGACUUUGGAAUGGUCUGCCUGGUGCCUGAACACCACCGGACGGUUUGGGCCAAGUGCGUAGUGGAUCUGGUCAGACGAGACCACGGAGCCGUGCUGGAUGACUUGAUCGAGAUCGGCUUCUUCCCACGUGAGUGUCCGAGGGAGGAGAUGCUGCCGGUCUUGUCCAAGAUAUGGGACCAGCUGGUGGAGUGUGGCAGCGACAUCACCAAGAGGAAAAGUGCUGUGCAGCUGCUCUACUCGGAGAUUCUCACGCUCGUCCGGCGCUUCGAGUUCGCCCUCCCGGACUACUACGUCGCCCUGGUGAGGGCACUGCUGACCCUGGAGGGCAUGGCCCUGGCGGCCGACUGCAACUUCGACAUCUUCGAG